CCCCACUUACCCAAUCCGACGAAAGCAUAUAUAACUAUUUAGUUAUAAUUCUCUAUAGUUUGUUGUUAAGUUUCUUUUUGGUGACCGCAGCAGAAGUCGUCAGGGCGGCUCCUUUGCAGGGAUGCUCUUUAUCAGGAGCCUAGUGGUUGGCCUACUGGUGCUUCUUCAUAUAACUCUAGCCGAAGGAAAACCAACCGAACAAAAUACCCUAGAUGCAAACCACACUGCCCAAAAAAGGAUAGGCUACGGUGAUUUUGCUGAACCGCCAUCCGGAGGAGGAGGAGAUCUAGGAUUAGACCUCCAACAAGGAUACGGUGAUCACGCACUUUACGACCAAGGCUUGGAUGCUCAUAACUAUGACAAUUCUCAUGCCGUUCAAGAAUCAUACGAUAUUCACGAGCCUCACGAUGUACAGCAUGUCCACCAUGAACACCACGAUGUACAGCAUGUCCACCAUGAACACCACGACGUACAUCAUGACCACCAUGAACACCACGAUCCAGGUUAUUGGAAGAAAAAAGUAACAUGGAAAAAAGGUUGGAAGAAAGUAUGGAAAAAAGGCCAGAAACAAAUUUGGAUACCGCAAUGGAAAAAAAUAUGGAAACCGAUAUGGGUCCCAACGCAAAAACCAGGUUGGAAGGAAAUAAAGGUACCUGACUGGAAACAAAUCUGGAAACCCGUUUGGAAGCCAAUACAAAUCCCGGCCUGGAAAGAAAUCCAAGUUCCUGAUUGGAAACAAAUUUGGAAACCAGUUUGGAAAGAAAUACAAGUUCCCGCAUGGAAAGAAAUCCAAGUUCCAGACUGGAAGAAGAUAUGGAAGCCUGUUUGGAAGGAAAUCCAAGUACCUGCUUGGAAAGAAAUUCAAGUACCUGCAUGGAAAAAAGCGUGGAUUCCGGAAUGGAUCAAAGAACCAAUACAUGGCAAACACUAUUUAGGCAAAGAUCAUGAAGGUGCUGAAAUUAUAGCACAUGAUUUAUGGAAAAAGAAGAUGAUUUGGAAACCUAUCUGGAAAAAAUACUGGAAGCCUGCUAAGAAACAAGUAUGGGUAAGUGAUAAAAAAUUAGAAUGGAAAGAAGCCUGGAAACAAAUCUGGAAACCAGCCAAAAAACAAAUAUGGGUCUCGGAUAAAAAAUUGGAAUGGAAAGCAGCCUGGAAACAAAUCUGGCGAACUGAGAAAAAACAAAUCUGGAUCACAGACAAAAAACUAGAAUGGAAACCCGCGUGGAAACAGAUCUGGCGAAUUGAACAAAAGCAGAUUUGGUUACCCGACAAAAAGCUAGAAUGGAAAGAAGCAUGGAAGAAGAUAUGGGUUACUGGCCAUAAAGAUAUUUGGCUUCCGGAUUGGAAAGUAAUUUGGAAGCCGGUUAUUAUCAACGAGUGGUUCCCUACUCCAGAUCACCAUGAUCAUCAUUGAACAUCAGUUUGGAUAACAAUAGUUUUAAGUGAAAAUACGUAAUACUUGUUCAAAGGUCCAAAGAUUAACAGGUUAUUCUCACGACAAAAUAAUCAUAAAUAAAGUGGAAACACAUUUAAUGAAAUAUAUUUUUGCAAUAAAUUGAAUUUAGCUCAAAGCCAAUAUCACACAAAAUAUAACGACCGUAUCCCCUUCAAAAAACAACUACUCCUUUGGCUUAUACCGCAACAGGCAUUGAAUUACAUCCGAAGGAAAGACAGCAGAGAUAGAAAAUUAAUUUUCAACACUCUCUGCUUUGAUUUUGCUCACCAAGGAGAAAUUCAUUCUUGGACCGG